GCCAGUAUCAUGCAGAGCUAACAUCUUACUGUAAAUUAUAUGCAGGUGUUCUCUUUACCACGAAAAAACAUCCUCGGACCAAGGAUCUCUCGCCUGAAGACUUUUGGUUCAGUGCCCCAAAGAAAGGGGUUAUGGUCUUCGCCUUACCCGGAGAGCCAGGUCUAACAGAAUUGGCUGGGGACUUCAAAAUCCAUUUUCAUGACCGCCAAGGAGAUUUUUACUGCUGGUUAAACACGACAAUGAUGGAAAAUAGAGUGAUCCUAAAAACCAGUGAGCUUGACGCGUUUGACAAGAGGAAGCUACCGUCGCCUGGAUUUAUGGUUGAAGUUGUUCUUGCUGAUAUAAAUGCAACAAUCCCUACGAACCCUAGUUCUGAAACAGCAUCCACAACACCGGAAGAAACUCCAGCAGCUAAUGCUUCCCCCGUAGACGGCUCUGCAUCGGUUCCAGGACCCAAUAAAGAAACAGAGAAUCCUGAUAAGGACGAUGUGUUCUCUGAUAACGAAGGAGACUCGACUGGCCCGACCAAAACCACAUCAUCGGCUUCUUCUCAAACCCCAGAAGCCAAACGGAGUGCAGAUGAAACCUCUGUUCUCGCUAAAGCGACUGAGAAAGUGUCUCUUUCUGGAAACAAGGGAUCAUCACAGCCCGUGCAAGGAGGAACAACGGUUAGCAAGGCUGAAGCAACAGAGAAACCCUCUGGGGCUGGGGUCAAUCCUUCUUCAAGCUCAGAGAGUGAGUUCAAAGUCAUGGCUGCUGAUGCAUCAGUGUUCUCAUUUGGGGAUGAAGACGACUUUGAAAGCGAUUGAAGAAAGGGUGAUCAAAAGAAGGAAGAUGUGUACAUAAAAACAGGGAAUGUUAAAUCCAUUCAUUGUGUUGUGAUGUUGAAUUCUACGGUUUUUUUUUUGCUUUACCGUAUCGCUCUGUUCUUUUAGUAUUAUACUGCACAAAAUUAUACAUUGGUCUUACGUCUUUGUGUUAUAUGACUUUAGUAUUUGGAAUCAUAAAACAA